ACUAACUGAAUGGACUCGAAUGAUAUAUUUUCGUAUAAGAGGAUGAAAUUCAAUUACCUUAAAAUGGAUUAAUUAUAUUUACCUAACUUUAUCAAAACCAGUUCUUUCACAGGCAACUUUCAAAUAAGAAAGGAUUUCGGAUUUACUCUGGAACUGCAUUUUCAUAGUUACAGCCUAUAAUAAAAAGGUUGUCUUUGCACAUUAUUCCAAAAUCAGUAUACUGACCAAAGCUGGGUAGGUUGUAACUAUUCGUGAAUAAGUACAGUCCUUAAUGGUGGUAUGUUACGAUUUUCCUCUGAGAUAUAUAUAUUUCUGUCAUAAAAAAAUUCAGCACCAGCUUAUUCACAUAAAAUCUAUAUGUGAAGAGGAUUCUUCAUACUGACAAAUAAAUGGCAGUUUCUGGGAGAAAAAUACUGCAAGAUAUUUCGUCAAGGGAUGUGAUCAGGGCUGAUGAAGAUCUAGAUAUUUUUUGCCAACCAUGUGACUUGGAUGCCUGGGAUGGUCCCAGAGUUCCUGCAUUUGGAUUCUGCACCAAUUGCAAGGAACACUUGUGUCAGAUGUGUUUCAAUCAUCACAAGAAGGCGACACCAUCGAGGCAUCAUGUUCUUCUUCACAAAGACGAAAUGGCAAAAUCUCAGCUACAGCGUCUUUCAACAUUUCAAGACGAUCCACACGAAGAUUUUACAAAACCAUGUUCCAAGCACACUAAAGAACGUAUCAGAUUCUACUGCCAUCGUCAUUCUUCGUUGAUCUGCAGUAUCUGUAUGCUUGAACAUAGAUACUGUUGUGUAAAUUACAUACCUGAAAUAUCGGGAAAAUCUGUUGAUAGUAAUGAAUACAAUGACAUCACUGAGAAUAUCAGUGCACUUGUAAAAAUGAGUCGGAGAAUAUCAAAAGAGGCUAAGGAAAAUGCAGAGAUGUCCAAACACUCUUUUGCUGAGGCCUUGAUAGAAGUUCAAAAGCUAAAAAAAGAAAUAAGACAGAAAACAGAUGAGAUUGAAAGAAAAAUUGAGACACUGGAGAAAGAUAUGCACAAGGAAACAGGAAAAAUGGUUGAGAAUACUGAUGAAAUUUGCGAGACAGCUAUUAGGACUUUGGAAGGAAUGCUUCAACGUUUAAGGCAGCUAAAUACAUCAAAACAGCCAAACAAGCUGUUCGUAGAACUUAAAGAAGCUGUACCAAAAUUGCAACAUUGCAAAAACAAAGUUAACGAGGCAGCAGGGAAUAUUGAUACGACAAAACUACUGUUUCAUCCAAACGAAACACUCAUGGCAAUGAUUAAAAGUGAUACCGCGUUUGGAGAGACUGAAGUUGUCAAGGAAAUGGAUUACAUAAACGAAAAUCCAUUGUAUCUGCCAGCUGAUGCAAUUACGCUACUAGAACCACUCGAACCAGGCAUGAGAAGGGGAACAUACACUUUAAAAAGUGGCCAAGAGGUGCAUGUAGCUGUUAAAAUAGUGGAACAGGGAUCAGCACAAGAAGUGUUAAGUGAGGCCCAACUGAUGCUAAAGAUCAGCCACAAGCAUAUAAUCAAAAUGAUUGGAUUGUGUAAAUCGGACAAUGUUAUGCUUGUUAUAGAGUUAGCUCCCCUCGGAAAUCUCAGAUCGUAUUUGGCAAACCACAAAGAAACAACACAAGCACACAUCGUUGAACUGUUGUGGCAAGUUGCCGUGGCGAUGGAGUAUCUAGAGAAAAAGAGAAUUGUCCACGGAAAUUUGGCAGCACGUAACGUUUUACUUGUGUCAGAGCAUUACGCAAAGGUUACUGAUUUUAGGAUGUCUCUAGAGAUUAAAGAUGGCGAAGAAUUCUAUGAGUACCAAGAAGCUAGAAGGUGGCCGCUGAAAUGGUUUGCUCCGGAGUGUAUAUACUAUUGGCAAUUCAACUCCAAAUCAGAUGUCUGGGCUUACGGUGUCACAUUGUGGGAGGCGACGUCAUACGGAAUGCAGCCUUAUCUGAAAAUGAAAGGUAAGGAGAUAUUGGACUUCUUGUUUGAGGAUGGACGGAGGUUAUCAAAGCCAGAGCAUUGUUUAGACGAGGUUUAUAGUCUCAUGCUGCAAUGUUGGGAGUACGAUAAAACAGACAGACCAACUUUUCAGGAAAUAACGACAGAGAUGUAUGCAUUAUUGAGAAGACAAUGAGUCGAAUAACUACAUGAGGAGAAAUGUAAUGGGAUUAGGAUUUUGUUCUGACAAACUGAUUAGAAUACCAUAAAACUCUUUAUUCCGACAUACAUGGUGCCACAAAGUUAAAUAUUCUGCCUAUAAGUUAUCAUUGUGUCAGAAAACUCAUUGGUUUAGCACAAUGAUUAUGGCGCCAGAAUACCCAUUCCUAUGAUAUACUAUUUAAGGCAUCGUGGGUUUGCAUAACACACUGCUUAUGCGUGCUCUGAAACAUUGAUUAUGAUGUCACAAUAGUUUGAGAUACUGUAUGCUCAGGCAGGGCCUAACACGGUGUUUAUCUUAGCUUCUCGAUUUCCGGUUCUACGCGAUUCAAGUAAUAGAGAAAGAAUGCAAAUAAAAUAGUUUCUGGUUGAGGCUCGAGAAAUGAGGUUUUGCAAGAUUUGUAACAUGCAGACGUGAGUAGACUGAAGAUCAAAAACAUUUGGUCUUUUCUCUUUUAUGCUCAUACAAGACAUGGCUUUAUUAAUAAUAUAAACUCAGAACAAUGUAUGGGAAGAUCAUCAAGAGAUAAAAGUGAAAACAGAGAUUGAUUUCUUACUGUCUGUGCUUAUAUGAUCAUAUUAAGAAAAGGCUUUACUAUUGAAAUGAUAUAACCAGAACUUUGUAUUUCAAGAUCAACUUAAGAUAAAUCUGAACACUUUGAAUGUAAUGCAUGCAAUUGGUAAAAUAUUCUCUUUAAUUUAGAAAAAAAACAAUGUAUUGAUAAAUGGUGUGAAUAAAUAAUUUCUGUGAUGGUCGUUCUGUGGCAUUUUUGUAGACUCUGUCUAAUAAGUCCAAACAUUUGUACGUUUAUACUACCUACCAGGGUUAACAAGGAUAUGCUUUGGAAAAAACUUAAACACCCUAUCAUAUAAGCUGUAAAAUGUCAAACAUUAUGAAAUGUAUUUAUUAUUAUUAUAAUAAAGUGAUGUCCAGUCCUGUGUUGAAGUGUCUAGUACUAUACAGUUGUAACAAUUCAUGUUUAAAACAAGAAGAUGGGGCUUAUAUAUCCCUAAUAUUUUAAUUCGUAAAUGAUUUUGUUUAAGAAAUAAUAUAUCUCAUUUAGUGAUUUGUCAGUGAAUAAAAUUAUUGUUUGGAGUUCAGAUGCGAAGGAAAUAUAUCACGAGGACGCAUCUGAACGACAAAUAAUGAUUAUAUCCAAGAGCAAAUUUCUAAAUGAGAUAUAUCAUUUUGAUUCUAACACGUUACCAAGGAUUUUAAAGUACAUCCUUGACGACUUUCAUUAAUUUUUUUGCCUGUGUUCCGUUGGUUUCUUUUCCAGCACGCCGCUAUGUGUUUUAACUGUGACGUCAGAAAAAUUAAUUGUUGUAUAAUAACACACAGUGUUUGAUAGGAAAAUGAAUCAGGUCGUGCUAGAAUAUUGUAUAGAGUUUGAUACUUUAACUGAUUUUAUCUGUGUAUUAAUUUUCAUUUGUUGAUUUAUUUAUAAUGGACCCGGAAAUUUUACAGUCAAAAUUGGAUCGUAUCUUCUAGUACGUAGAAAAGGGGGUCUAAAAUAAAUGUAAGUAAACGAAAAUAUGUGAAUUUGAGAUAUUACGCUGUAAAUAUAUAUUUUAUAUAAACUGAAAGAAAAUUGAGCGGGUACUAGAAGCUACUUUGCUAAUUUAGUAGUCUUAUGCUGUACAUUGCCAAUCUUUGAAAGCUUAUCAGAACCUGAUGAUUUUAUUUGAUAAAAUAAAAUUGAUCGCAAAGUUUGAAACCACAGUAACUCUUGUAUGGUUCUGAGAUUUGGGUAAACAUCAUCUAUAGAAGUAAAUAAAUUACAUAUAACAUUCUGUAAAUAUAUUCUUGGCUUAAAACGAAACAUCGGACUAUGCUAUUCUUGGUGAACCUGGAAGAAUACAUUCUAAACUUUGGUUGAAAGUUAUGGAACAUUGCUUCUUAUCCCAUGUGCAAAGAGCUUAUUGACAAUAUUACCAGCUCCUGGACAACUCAUUUGAAUUCUAUUAUUGAAAAACAUUAUUUUAAUUUUGUAACAUGAUUUUUGAUAUUUUUCAACGUUAUAUGAACUUAACCGCGAUCAUUUUAUUAAGUGCAUUAUAUAUGUCUGUAAUUCUAUAAAAAUGUUUUAAUAAGAUGUGUUAUGCAAUGAUAGAACCAUGUUAUAUGCAUUGAUAGUCAACAAUAUUAUUAAAAUGGGUCGAUGGCCUUAUACAUGUAUACGAGAUCAUUUGUAAUUGUUAUCUAAUAUUUAAUGUUUCUUAGACUAUUAAGAAUUUAUUAAAUAAAAUUGAAAAAAAAAUAA